UAGUAACCUUAAUUUUUAUUAUUUGAUAAAUAAGCAUUGGAACUUAAAAGUGAACAGGUUGAAUCGUUGAUUGUUAAUAAAGAAGUAAAUUUAAAGCUAGUAUUUAUAAUUUUACAUAAAAUAUACAACAACAUCCAAUUUUUACCUUGAUUCCGUACUUGUUAAAACAAAUUUGUUUCAUGUUUUCAACAUCCUGUCGAGAACGGAGCAAAAUUUAAUUCCAGUCACUUUACUGAUUCAUAUUGUGUGUGUGUAUGUUGAAAACUUCCAGCUUCAUAACGAAGCAUAAACAUUAAAAAAGUAACAAAUGUAAAAAGUUCGCAUUUAGAUAUCAAAAAAGUUGAAGACAGAAAGAGAAGAGGAAGAAAAAAAGUUUUUACGUAUCGUAAAGAAAGAAAAUCAUUUUGGUGUAAAAUUGAUGAAGUUUUGAAAGAAUAUAAAAAUGAUGGCAUUAAGGAACAUAAAGGCCAAAUGGAAGUGGCCUACAUCACUAAUGAUAAGGAAGGUUGUUCUAUAUCGCAUAUUAGUUAUAGGAAUAAUUGUUUUAUCAUCAUUAUACUUAAUUGAUUAUACGUCAAAUCAUUUGGAUGACAUUUCACAUUACACGAAAAUACCGCGAUUGUUUAGCAGUAAAGAAGAGGACUACAAUGACGUCGAGGAAGUUAUUGAUGAGAAUUAUUUUGUAAAAACAUCUGGAUGUCGUAUUGUUAAGAUGGAUGUGAUGUCAGAUCAAAUUAAAAGUUUCUUCCCAUCAGACAAGCCAAAACAUAUAAAAUGUGGAGUACCGCCAUUAACGGCAUCAGAUGAAAAAUACCUGUGGAUUAAUGUAACAGAAGCUGAAUUGAAAAAGUUUUAUAAUGUAUCAUCUGAUCAACUACAAUGUUAUUAUGCACCAUUCACAAGACUUACUGACUACUUAGUCGUUAAGAAUGAGACAUUAAAUUCUCUGCACUUUGGACAGCGCACGAAAAUUGAUUCCGAAUAUAUUCAAGUAUUUUGUGAGAAUCACAAUCAGACACAAAUUUAUACCGACUAUCACAGCUUCUUCCCUGCCAAAUUUGAUGAUGAAACUGAUGAUGAUGAAAAUAAUAGUCAGGCAAAGCAAGCAAAUCCUGACAAAUACAAUAUUAUGAUUAUUGGCAUUGAUUCCGUUUCUAAGCUCAACUUUCAUCGAAUGAUGAACAAAACCUUAACAACGGUUGUCGAAGAAUUAGAUGGAAUCGAGUUACACGGUUACAAUAAAAUUGAUGACAACACAUACCCGAACUUGAUUCCACUUCUUUCUGGUCUCUCAUCAGACGAACUUGCUUCUGCCUGCCUCUCCUCAAACGCCUCAGCAUACUAUUUUGAUAAUUGCCAUUUUGUAUGGAAUGACUUUAAAAACAAAGGAUACAGCACAUUGUUUGCUGAAGACUCGGCAGCAUUAUCAUUAUUUAAUUACUUUAAAAGUGGAUUUGAUAAGCAACCAGUUGACUACUACUUCCGUACAAUACUCUACCAAAUGGAAAAAGAGAUUGCACACAAUAAAGUUGGUAAUUACAAGUUAUGUCUGGGUCAGCGAACACCAUUCAAUGUUUUUAUGGAUGGAUAUUUGAGAAAGUUCAUCAAGAGUAUGUCAAAUGAAUUAUUUUUCUCGUUCUUUUGGACAUCCUCAAUGACUCACGACUAUAUUAAUUAUCCAAUGCUCAUUGACGAUGACUUAAGUAAAUUAUUGACAUUUAUGAAGGAUGAGCAAUAUUUAGAUAAGACAAUUUUACUAAUGUUAAGUGAUCAUGGCAUGCGCUUUGGAUCAUUUCGUCAAACAACCUUUCAGGGAAUGGUCGAAGAAAGAUUGCCAUUUUUAUUCGCAAUAUUUCCUAAAUCAUUUAAAAUGAAAUAUCGAUUAGCUGUAAGAAAUUUUAAACGCAAUUCCAGAAGACUUACUACACAUUAUGAUGUCUAUGAGACUCUCAAAGAUUUAAUACAUUUGGAUGAAGACUCAUUAGCAAAUGAGAAGAUCCGUAAGCGUUCUGAAGAAUUGAUGGAACGUGGUGGAAUCACAUUGCCCCGGGGAAUUAGUUUGUUUUUAGAAGUUCCCGAGCAACGUACGUGUGAUUCAGCUGGUAUUGAAAGGUAUAUGCUGUAUAUCAAUCUGUUAAAAAAGGUUGUUGAAUUUUUAUUGCCAGUUGUUUGAUAAAAUAUUCAUGUUAAUGACUUUUUUUGUUGCUUUAAACCAAAUUUACAUAUGAAAAUAUUCAAUUUCCAUAUUUUAUUACGCAGUCACUGGUGCACAUGCUAUGAGAAAUUAGAACUGUCGAGUUCUGAUCAUCGAGUUCAAAGAGCAGCACGAUUUGUUGUAAAAACUAUCAAUGACAUUGUGAAGCCACACAAAGCAUGUCAUUUCCUAUACUUAAAUUCAAUCGUAUCAGCACAUAUGCACGUAUUAAAUGAUAAUGUCUUUAAAGCACCUAAUGAAGAUAAGAAAGGAGCACGAACACUUAAGCCACCUAAAGGGAGGAAAAAAAUUUAUGACAUUACGUUGAAAAUAACGACAAAACCUGGACCGAGAUCAGAAUUUGAAGCGACUGUGAGGCUGGAUGAAAUAAAUGAGGAAACAAAGUUAACCGGUACAAUCAGUCGAAUAAGCACAUACACAAAAGGAUGCGUAAAAGAUUCAUUUGUCGAAAAAUAUUGUUUCUGUGAUCUAAUUUAAUAUAACUAUUGUAAUUUGCUCAACAUUUCAACUUGUUAAGACAUUUUUAACUUCUUUAUCAUGUAAAUUGUCGUAAUAAUAAGCAUAAUAAAAAAAUUAUUUUUCUUCUUUCC